GUUCGACGAAAAAGAUGGUCGGAGCCGAGCAUGCUUCCGUUUCAAGGGACAGCACUUCCAGACCUGUGUGGCAAAAGCUGGUACGCGCCAUGCAGCCGAGGUGAUCGCCCGUGCAUGCUGGAUGCGGUUUGAGGACGGCCAGGACAAGCAUGCCGUCACAGUCUUCCGCGAUCAAUGCUAUGCAAAGGUGAGGGUGCAAGCCCCGGAGGCGAAGCGCGCAAGAACUUCCAGGCCCAACGACAAUAGGGAAGUCAUGCACCUGGACAAGUUGAGAUACAAGCUUGGCCUGUCCAUGGACGCGACCUCUGCUGAUCCUUAUGACUCUAUGCAGAGCGAAGAGCUUCACAGCAUGCUUCGCAGGGUGUCUGCAAGAAAGCCAUUCUGA